AUGACUGUCAAUGCUCUUUGUCCUCGGCUUAGGCGAAUUCGCCGCUGGCGACAAGUUAGUUGGAGAGAUCUGAAUUCAUUUUUUCCGACAUCGAUUAGAAAAUUUGCGGCUUCAGUUGGCUCAAAAAUUUUGCCUGAAAAAAGGGACAAAAAAUUCAUCGAUUUUGAUACCGAAAAAUUAUGUUCGCAUGUUUGUAUAAAUUAUUUUGUUGAGGGUGAAGAACCGGGUCCGAAAAUAUUGCCCGAUUCCGAAUAUCCUUCAUGGUUAUUUGAGUUGGACCUAAAACGUCAACGUCCGUUUGAAGAUAUGGAUCCAGAAAAAGAUGGUUGGCUUUACUGGAGGCAGUUACGGAAGUUAUAA